CUACCAAAAAUCGGGACUAUUCUUCGCAAGAACGAUGACGGCUCGUACGAACAAGGUCCUAUUCCGGGUCUAGGCGGUCCAUUCGAAACGGCUACCGAAUUCUUCAAGUUCGGUCUAUCAGAAGACCGCCUGAAAGAAGCAGCCGGUUCGCUGGCGGAUGAAUUAUUGUUAUCCACCUCUUUUUUUAAAUCGCUGGUCGGUAGUUCAGCUGGAAGGCUCUCCGAUGACAAUUACCAAUUGCUUGGUGUCAUCGACUGGGAAACAGCAUUUGCUGAGCCCUGGGAGAUAUCGGGCGAGUUUCCAUUGACCCUGUCUGUGGUUCCGCCUGAUAUGGAUGCGCCAUGGGACUACGAUGAAAGGGGCUUCCCGAAAGACAAAUUCGUGGACAGGGAAGACUAUAUUGCUAUGGUUAUUGAGAAGGAAAAAGAAAUUGGCUUGACUGAGGGAUAUCGUCUAUCAAUGGCGUUACAGGACUCCAGCCGACAAUAUCUGGCUACGGCGAUGAGGCUGUAUCAGAGAGGAAAGCCUGGAUGGUACUCAAAGGUCAUGGAAAGAAUCUCUAAGAUAGAUACAUGCUAG